UCUGUGGUGACUGAGUUUGUGUUCCUGGGGCUCUCUAAUUCCUGGGGAAUCCAGCUGCUGCUUCUCCUCUUUUCCUCCGUGUUCUACAUGGCAAGUCUGAUGGGGAACCUCCUCAUUGUGUUCUCUGUGAGCUAUGACCCUAAGCUACACUCCCCCAUGUACUUCCUCUUGGCCAACCUCUCCUUUCUUGAUGUGGGAGUGUGCUCGAUUGCAGCCCCCAAAAUGAUUUAUGACCUCUUCAGAAAACAUAAAGCCAUUUCUUUUGGGGGCUGUAUAACUCAGAUCUUUUUUAUUCAUGUCAUUGGGGGCACAGAAAUGAUGUUGCUUAUCGCCAUGGCAUUUGACAGAUACGUGGCCAUAUGUAAACCUCUUCACUACUUGAACAUCAUGAGCCCACGACUGUGCAUUUUGAUUUUAGCUGCUUCCUGGAUCCUGGGCCUCAUCCACUCAGUGGCUCAACUGGCUUUUGUUGUAGACUUGCCAUUCUGCGGUCCUAAUGUACUGGACAGCUUUUACUGUGACCUCCCUCAGCUCAUUAAACUUGCCUGCACAGAGACCAACAGAUUGGAAUUCAUGGUCACAGCCAACAGUGGGCUCAUCUCUGUGAGUUCUUUCUUCAUACUGAUUAUUUCUUACAUCUUUAUUUUGGUCACUGUCAGAAAACAUUCUUCAGGUGGAUUAUCCAAGGCUCUCUCUACUUUGUCAGCUCAUGUCACUGUGGUGGUUUUAUUCUUCGGACCCUUAAUCUUCUUCUAUACUUGGCCCUUCCCCUCAUCACAUUUGGAUAAGUUUCUUGCUAUUUUUGAUGCGGUUCUCACUCCUUUUCUGAAUCCAGUUAUUUAUACAUUCAGGAACAAGGAGAUGAAGGCAGCAAUGAAGAAACUCUGUCAUCAACUUGUCAGUUACAGGAAGAUGUCCUAA